AUGGAGAUAGUGGUUGAUAUCAGCGGUUGUGCUGAUAAAGAUAAUGUGAAGUUUGUAUCACAGUCAUUCAAGAGUGAGGCCCUUACUUGGUGGAAAGCAAUGAUACAAUCCACGGGAAAGAUUCCCCUCUACAACCUGGAAUGGUCCAAGUUCGUGGACCUGAUAAAGGAGACUUACUGCCCUCAACACGAGGUGGAAAAGGUGGAAAAGAGGGAGGAUGAAAACUCUCAGAAGUCGAAGAAGAAAGGAAAGUUUGGGUUCCAUAAAAAGAACCACCAGGGGUCUGAUGAUAGGCCUGUCUGCAAGACUUGUAAUCGAAAACACGGGGGACAGUGUCGACAAGAUCAACAGGCCAAACCCUGUGGCAUCUACAAGAAGACGGGUCACAAGGCUAUAGAUUGUAAGGAUCUUAAGGACGCCAUCUGUUAUGGUUGUGGUGAGAAGGGCCACAUUAAGACCAAUUGCCCUAAGAAUGCCAAGAAGCCUGGAGAGGCUAAGAAAGGAAAUGCACGGGCAUUCCAAAUGAACGCCAGAGAGGCCGUGAAUGACAAUAAUGUCAUAACGAGUACGUUCUUGAUCAAUGAUGUCUAUGCUAGAGUUCUAUUUGUUUCAGGUGCAGAUAAAUCAUCUGUAGAUCUUAAGUUUAGUAAACUUUUAAACUUGCCCAUAAGAACUCUAGAUAUUACGUAUGAGAUAGAACUUGCUGACGGAACUUUAGAUACCGCAUCUUUCAUUCUUGAUGGAUGUUCUCUAUCCAAUAAGAAUCAUUCUAUUCCUUUCUCUUCUGCCAAUGAAAUUGGCGGGGUUCGAUAUCGUUUUGGGCAUGGAUUGGUUAUUGCAUAA